CGACAACUCAGCCUUAAUUGCCACACAGAUGCCAUGUCACAAUUCACUUCUAAUAUAUCUUAUAUUUAUUUUUCAUUUAGAAAAAAUAAUUAUCUUCUCUUUCCUCCCUGCCUUCUUUGUCUGUUGCCUUCUCCCUCUUCACGAACCAACCUUUGUCGAUUCCCCGAUUCCCCCGCACUUCUUCACCAAACUUCUCCCCCGAAUCCCCCGCACCCACCCAUCUGAUCGUCGCUCCAGCCCAUCCCUUCAAUCGCUCCAGUCGACUGGUCGGGCAUCUCUGGGAGUCUGGGUUUCUCCUCAACCCUAGAAUUUGGGGAAAUAGGUUUAUGAUUGACGAUCUCGACACCGCUAACUACGCAAACGACGAGACUCACACAACAAAGUGUUCCAUCUCAGAUCCGGCUAUGAUUGAUGACGACCGCUUCCAAUUCGACGACGGCGAGAUCGAGAGAUGAAGGGAGGCGGUGGUAGCGAUAUCGAGAGGUGAAGGGCGGCAGCGGCUAGAUCGAGAGAUGAAGGGAGGCGGCGGCGGCGAGAUCGAGAGAUGAAGGGCGGCAGCGGCUAGAUCGAGAGAUGAAGGGAGGCGGCGGCGGCGAGAUCGAGAGAUGAAGGGCGGUUGCGGCUGAAUCCUUCUUCUCUAAUUCACUCGACCAAGAGAGAUUGGGGGCAGGGUCAUAGCGGACGAGCUACGGCGCGACGACAAUCCAAGCAACAGCCGGAAGGGUGUGGGGUUUCAAAAUGGUGGUGGUGGGCUGGGGAUAUCGACGACAGAAGAUGGUAGGGAUGGAUUGAUUGAUCUCAAUAAUAAAGGGUUAUGGAAGAUUGAUUAAUGGGCUUGUUCUGGGUAGGAAAAGAGAUGGGAGAGAUUACGCUGGGAAGGGGAAGGAAAAGAGAUGGGAGAGGAAAAAUAAAAAAAAUAAUUUAUUUUUAUUUUCCACCUCACACUUUAAUUGAAUAAUUGUGGCCAACUCAGCCUCUCCGUUAGUCCAGUCAGCUAUUUGGUUAAUACCGUCAAACAAUUGGACGGAAUUGGCUAUUUUUGGUAUUUCGCCAAAAGUGGCUAUAUUUGGCCAAACCGUCAAAGUUUUGGCUAUACAAGUGUAUUUUGCCUUUUUUCUAAAUGAAAAAUAAAUAUAAGAUAUAUUAGAAGUGAAUUGUGACAUGGCAUCUGUGUGGCAAUUAAGGCUGAGUUGUCGCUGACGUGGCAAUGAUUUGGCAUUCUCGUCAGCAUACCGUUAAUCUAACAGACAUAAUUUUGUAACAUCGUUAAAGUUUUGGACGGAAAUGGCUAUUAUUGUCAUCAAACUUUCAAAAUUCUGGCUAUUAUUGGUAUUUCCCCAAAAGUGGCUAUUAUUGUCACAAACGUUAAAGUUUUGGCUAUACAGAUGGAUUUUGCCUAAAAUCUAUCAAGUAACUUAUUUUUAUACGUUAAGUAACUGUACAGUAGGUUAUUAUUUGAUUUUUAUACUUUUAGUGCUCAUUGAACUUUUGUGUUUGAUGUGUUGCUUGCUACACCUUAGGUGACAAUCGAGGUGGCUAUACAUGGUACCUACGAACUUCCUUCUGUUGACUGUAGUAGUGACAAAAUGAAAGAUGCUCUCAACUCUCUGGAUACCAUACUUGAUCAAAUUUUGGCAAGCAAUGUGCUACCAAGGAGAGGUGAUCGUAAGAUAUUUCAAAGGGGUAUUUUUUUUUGGCUUUCAAGGAUGUUGGAUCAUGACUAGAUCAUUAGGUUGUUUUGAGUACUUAGAAUAUUAUGAAUAGUAAACUAUGUUUCUUUCGAUUAUGUUUGAAUAUCUAUAGUUAUUAGCAUUUUACCAUGUAAAGAAUAUUAGUUUUUAUCAUAAAUCAUGGAAUGAAUCAUAAAAUAUUGAUGGGUAUGUAUUGUAUGAUUUGGCUAUCAAGAAUGAUAUUAAUAGUCAAAUUAGCAAGAAAAAUGCUUGGUUCUGGAUUUAUCUAUAGUGACCAGUGCAAUUGCAACCAAGUAAUAGUCACAAAUCUGCGUGGCUCUCUUUAGCAACGAUUUAUUUGUAUCUCUUUAGUGAUAGUUUUUAGUUGGUUGCAAAUUGAUUUAGCGACGAACAAAGCAAGGGUUUUAACCCCUACUACAAACAUCUCAUUAGUGAAUUUUACACUGAAGUGUAGCAAGGGUUUUAACCCCUGAUACAUAUAGCAGGGGUUUGAAACCCCUGCUACAACCCUUGGAUGGGACUUUCACCGUGGGUUGCUAAAAACCUUUGCUACACGUAGCAGGGGCAGCAUUAGGGAGGGUUCAAGCAGGGGUUGGUGAAACCCUUGCUACAACUGGUAGCAGGGGUUAAAACCCUUGCUAUAGGUAGAAAAAACCCUUGCCAUAGACCCAUUUUUUUGUAGUGUCUGUUUGUCAACCAAUAUACUUCAAUAUGAUGAACAUGAUGGCUACAAAGCAAAUUUAUAGUCAGAUAACCAAUACCAUAUUUGUAGCAUAGUAGUAAGAAGCAACUAAUAUUGAAUUGAGGAAGAAUUACAAUCUGUAGAAGACCCACCUCAGAAGCAUACCUGCUCCUACUCGUAUUUUGAGAUGAAAAUGGGAUUUUCCUGCAUGGCAAAAAGACAAGUUCAAAAACAAAUCAACCCUACUACUAAAUAAUUCAGGAGUUCUCACUCUUAUUUAGUCAUCAUGAGCAUCAAAUAGACAUGUAAGUAUAAGAGUGGUCCAUAAUGCCCUUUGUUUCUUGCGAUAAACUCAAAAGAACCAGUUUUAUAUUACCUAAAAGCAUACCAAAGCUCUUUGUUCUCAGGAUCCAAAUGAACUACAACAGCAAUCGUAUUAGUUGAUUUAUGAAAGUUCUGCAUUCAUGACAACAUAUUUCAAGGGUUGGUCGUCUUUGUUUGUCCCGAAGUAAGAAGAACAAAAAGCUACAGAAUAAAGGAAAGGAAAACAUGCUUUAAGCAGGUUCCCGACUAUACCAACCCUGUAACAUGCUUUAUCUUUGAAAGCAUUGCUUUAAACCAGCAGCAUCAAAUGAUUCUUGAUGAAGUUUUCCUUCUAUAUCAGGUUGUCUGUAAUUAUUUUAUAGAAGAAACAUAAUUUAGGAGCAUCAAUGGUUAAGAAAGAAAUAGUACCUUUCCCUAAGUCUAAACAAACAAAAGAAUACUAAAAUGCACUUCUCCCUACAUGCUACUGGAUAGGUUUAUACCAACAAAUCAAAACACUAUCGAGUUAAAUCCAGAACCAUAUGCAUGUUAUAGGCUAAUAAAAUAGAGCCAAAAGAUCACAGGUAAUGAUUAUGCUCUAUACUAGAAACUAUACACUGCAAGAAAACUAACUUAAAAUAACUUACUUCCUAGAAUCUCCACAACAAAGCAUCACCAUUUGUCACUGGUUAACAGUACUAGAACUACAAUAUGAUUCUACAUUUAUCUUAAGGGAGAGAAUAUAAAUGUCUAACCAAAAGGGCUCUGCUCUGAAAGUGAUUAUUGAACCAUGCUAACAUGAGUUUCCACCACAAAAUCAUGAAAGAAAUAUAGGAUUCCCAUAUUACGGAAAAUGGAGAAAAGAAAAGAGUUGUUUAGUUAUAUAAGGUAGGGAAAGCUUCCUUCUCUCAUUAGAGAAUGAAACCCAGAAAGAAAGAAAGGUGGGGACCCUAUGUAACAUCCCGAACCUUUUCCUGACAAGAUACUGUCCGCUAUGGGCCUCGACCCUCACGGUUUUCGACUUGGGGUGCAAUUCAGGGUGACUUCCCAUAAGGUUACCCAUCCUUGUUGUACUCCAUACUGAGCACGUUUAACUUCGGAGUUCUCACAAUAACUUCUCUGUUUCACCCCAAAACGCGUCUUGUCAGUUAAGGUCGGUUUCCUACUAAUGAACCAUAGAUCUCUCCCGUGCUUUGUCGAUGCGGGAUUCGCCUAAGGUGUUACACCCUAACCUAGCUCUGUACCAACCCAAUGAUCAAUAACACUAUAGCAUCGAUGUGGCACUCACAUAAGAUACAAAUAAUUCAAACUAUACAUCAAUUCAAGCUUAAGAACUUAUGGAAUCGGAACCAAGGGAUCAAUUGAUUCAUAAAUCAGUCAAAUACCCUAUGGAGAUAGAGUUCGAUUCUAUCAUAUGGGAAGAAGAACAACAGUGGCUUUCGUGCGAAAAGCGAUUGAACAUGUCUAUUUUCAGUAAGACCAGAGAAUUGAUAAAAGAGGAAUCGGGAUGGACUCACACAAGUUGAUGAAAUCCCAGAUGGCCAGCUACUGUUGAUCAUGGGACAUAUUGCUAGCGAUUCGAGAAGCAAUCGAUUGAGGAAAAUGAGAACGACGAAAUACAAAUCUCGAUGUUGAUCCACUUCACUCCAAUUCGCACUUUGCAUUUCGAUCUAUCCACAUGAACAACACCUUGACUCCACUGUCGAUAGAGCAUUGGAAAAGAAGAGAGUUCAAACCAUUUCACCGGCAAAUACAAAAAAUCACCAAGGUAAAACACUCUCCUUCUCCAACUUCCACCCUCCUCAAGCCUUUUGGGCCGCUCUUCUCUGCCUUCUGCAGUUUUUGAGCUUCAUCACCCUUUUUUAUUUAGUAGUAGUGUUCUCUAACAGCAUACCAGAGAUUGAGAUAAACAAAAGCCCAAGAAAAACAAGACCAAAGAGUCCACUUCUUCUUCCUCUUCUCCAUUUCCCAUAUAUAGCGUCGAGAGCCAUUAUUAUGGUUUCCAUCUAGCUAGCUCUAUGGCUUAUAUACAUAUAUGCAGAGAAGCUUCUUUACUACUCUGUCAGAGAGAAGGCUGCAUAUGGCAUCAAUGGUGUUUUGUGCUGGUGGAGAAUAGUUGCUCCUCAUCUUUGGUUUGCUCUCGUUAAUUUUCAAGUGAGUUUUGAUCAGUAGUAAUUUCUGAGAUCUCUUCUUUCUGGCUUGGUCAAGAAUAUUUACAUCAAUGACAGCUACCUAGCUAGUGGACUGUACACCAAUGAAACAGUUAUUCAACUAUUUGCUGUGGGAACUAAUUGAUCAGUAGCUAGCUAAGGAUCUAAUAUAUCACUUCGUACUUUCAUGUUGCUGCACUUGGUAAUUGUUGUUGUUUAUCUUUGUUUUCUUGUGUGUAGUCAAAGUUUCGGUAUCCUGCCUAUCUGGACAAGUGUAUUUUGCAAGCUGUUAACCGGAAGUGGGCAGAGUUCAAAUGUGAUCUAAAGAGCAAGCACUUUGGAGUUGGGAAAACAGUGGAGAGCAUUAUGGCUGAGGGACUCCCACAAGGUGUUACCAAUGUAAAUCAGUGGUACACCUUGGUAGCUAGCUGGUUUACAGAGAAAAGCAAGGUAAGAUUACUAACGGUUUACCAACAGUGGAAAGCAUUAUGCGUAACAUGUCUUAGUUUAGAUGCACAUGAUGAAAAACUCAUUUUCUCUUCCUGAAAAUGAGUAAAGUAAACAGCGACAACGCUAAGAAGAAGAAGCUGCAUCACACGGCACGAAGGAGGAGUAGCCGCAUCACACGGCUUGAAUUUAUGUUUUGCUUGAAAUUGGUUCCUUUUUUUUACACAAUUGACAUUUGUUCCUUAACUUCUUCGCUUUGAAGGGUAUCUGGAGUAGUGCAACCAGGUAAAUGUCUAUGGGAUGUAUUCCUUGGAGUUUGAGCUUUGCAUAAGUCACUACAAAAAAAAAAUGAACUUAUGCCAAGUGUUUCGUAGCAAGGGUUUUGGAACCCUUGCUAAUUUUUCCGGAAUUUUUUGUAGCAGCGCUUCUUUCAAAGGGUUCUAGAACCCUUGUGAUAGACCAAUAAUUACACAUGUUUUUACCCCUAUUCUUGAGCCGUUUGAGAUGUUGAUUCUCGUGUUUUAGGCCAAUUUCACGCUAGGUUGUGCUUGUUUGUGAUAUUUCAGGUCCUAGUACGUGAAUGAAGGUUUGGGAACGAGUUCAGGGUCGAUUGGACGAAGUUUGAACGUUUGGCAAGAAGCUGAGAAGCCACACGGGCAUGCCUAAAAGCCACGCGGCCGUGUAGGGGACCCCUUGUUGCCGUGUGGAAAUUUCAGGGAACUCACACGGGCACCCUGGAAGUCCACACGACCGUGUGGGUCGUGGCCGUGUAGGAACCCUGGUAGUGUAUUGGUUGUACGAGAGUCAAUCAAUUCAUUGCUUUGUACUGGAAUUCAUUCUAGUAGUGGAGAUCUGUGUUAAUCGCCUUAGCAGUCUAUCCCGGUGAAGGCUAGUCGCUGCCGGGUAUUUUGUCUAAGAGGGCUUGGUCAGCUUAAGAGAUUCCAAGCUAAUUUAGGAUCUUCCUCAGUUUAAUCAACAGUAGAUCAACCAAAGGUAAUUGCAACUUGGACCUAAUUGAGGAGCUAGGGGGAAUCAUACCUAAGUGAGUUCCCAACUUGUAAUUAGUAGAGUAGUUAGUAGAGUAGUUUAGUAAAUCAAUCCUUAAUCUAGUUUGCUAGAUAAUGAACUGAAGCUGAGUAAUAGUAACUCUAGAGACCCGUGGAUUCGAUAUUUAUUACUUGUGCCACUAUACUGCAAUCCCUUUCAUUGGUUACACUUGGCCAUUUUUAGGUGUUGUGUCGUAGCGAGUCACCUUGCUACUCUUAAACCAAAUUUCACCGAAACGUCCCUGCUUCCCCUUUCACAUUUUUCAUUUUUUUGGUAGCAACGAUUAUUUUCAAAGGUCCAGAACCCUUGCUAGAACUUAAAACAAAUUCUAGCCCCCUGUUCCAUUUCACGAUACGAGAAACCCCUGUUCCAUCUUGCCGAUUCUGCCGGAGUGAGAUCAGAGAAUCAACGAUCGGAUUUAGAUCAAAGCAUCCGAAUACAUCGCCCAUCAUCACUUCGCUGACUCUGCACUCGUGUUCUUCGACUACCCAUUUUUAGAUUUGGGUGAAUUGGUUCAAUUUUCAUUGUGGGUCUAGGAGUUGUCGGCGCUUCGCUCGGGCUUGUCGUCGGCAGAACCUGGUUUUGGGUGGUGAAGUCGUUGAUUUUCUUAUACUUCCUCGCACCAUCCUCCUCAUACGUGAGAGUUAUGGGCGAGCUUUCAAUUCCCUCUUAUUGGUUGCUUACUCUAACUAGAUGGUAUUUUUUGUUGGCUGUUCGUUUGUUUGGUUUUUUCAUCCUCCAGCAAUUCAAACGUACGUAUGGACAACAACUCGAACUUGCUUGCUCUGCGCUGUUCAUUGAUGUGAUUGAGGCAACAAUUUGGGUUUUUUUGCCUUAUAGGUCAUUGUUGUUUUACUUAAACUUCUGGAAGCAGUUUGGUAUUUUAUUAGGGAAACUUUCUUCUCGAGCCAAACAACUCAGUUCAUCCCAGUCCAACUUUUGAUUGAUAGAAUCUAUUGAUUUUGACUUGCAGUGAUAUCUAUAAUCGGCAAAAUGGACAAGAGCUGGAUGAAGAAACAUAGAACGAGCAAUGAAUAUAAAGAUGGAGUACAACUUUUUCUUGAUUAUGCAUUUCAAAAUGCAUCUCAGGGAGCAAAGAUAUUGUAUCCUUGUAUCAAUUUUGUAAAUGUAUAUGCACAAACAUGUGAAGAUAUUAGGGUGAAGCUUAUUUGUGACGGUAUUCUAAGAGGAUAUACUACAUGGGUAUUUCAUGGAGAAGAUUUAUGUUCACCUCAAGCUAGUGAUGUUGCUACUUCUUCUUCGCCAUGGGCAAAUGUUUUGGCUACGGAGAAGCUAUCUACCCCUAUUCAAUCAAAUCCAGCAAUGAGAGCAGAUUUGGCGGGGCUAUUUCGGGAUGUAUUUCACCGUGAAGACCUAGUGAACAACGAACCAACUUGUGAACAAGAUGGAAAUGUCUUGGAGGAUAGUGAUGAAGAAAAUGAUGGUGAUGAAGUAAGGGAUGGUCUGUUGUCCAAUACAGAUGGUAUAGAAGAUUUGAUAAAAUAUGCAAAUGAGGAGCUAUAUUCGGGAUGCAAGACAUUUUCAAAGCUAUUGUUUCUGAUGCACUUAUAUCACCUCAAGGUUCACAAUGAUUGGACUGCAAAAUCCUUCACCAUGUUACUUGAGUUGUUACUGCAAGCAUUUCCGGAAGGUAUAUCCUUAACAAAAUCUCAUUAUGAUGCUAAGAAGGUGGUUAAGAAGUUGGGUUUGGAUUAUGUCAAAAUAGAAGCAUGCCCGAAUGAUUACAGUUUGUAUUGGAAUUCUACAAAAGAGGUCGUUUCUUGCUAUGAUUUUUCGUAAAUCUAGGUAUGAUGUUGGAAAAAUCGAUGGACUCAAGGUUAAAGCAACAAAAGUUUUGCGUUAUUUUCCUUUAAUCCCGAGGUGGCAAAGAUUGUUUGCCUCUGAAAAGACAGCAAAACACAUGAGGUGGCAUGAUGAAGUUCGUAAAAAAUAUGGAUUGUUGAGACAUCCGACUGAUGGAGAAGCUUGGAAAUCUUUUGAUGCUAGACACCCUAGUUUUGCUUCGGAUCCACGCAAUAUCAGAUUGGCUCUAAGCAGUGAUGGGUUUACUCUGCAUCAAUCAAUGAGAUCAACCCAUAGUACGUGGCCUGUGGUGUUGAUACCUUAUAAUAUGCUUCCUUGGAUGUACUUGAAACAAUCCUCUUUCAUAUUAUCAAUGAUAAUUCCUGGACCCAAAGACCCCGGAAAUAAUAUUUAUAUCUACUUAGAACCGAUGAUUGAAGACUUGAUCCGACUUUGGGAGGGUGUGACUACUGAUGAUGCUUCCACUAAGCAGAAUUUUACUAUGCGUGCUUCUUUGCUCUAGACCAUAAAUAACUUUCUUGGGUUUCUUUCGGGCUAGCUAUGGGGUUUCUCUGAGUUAUUUUAAUUUAAGAAGGGUGGGGGAGUAAAACUUGUGAAAAGGAACGGUAAUGGGGCGUCCUAACAAUUCCAAAAAGCCAAAAAAAUAAAUAAUAUUUUUUUAUACAAUUUUUUUAUCAAUUCAAAAUAUAUAAAACGACACAUUUAUCCAAAGUUAAAGGAUGAUUUUGACUAAAAGGGUGAUUCGCGACUAAAAGCAUCUCCCACUGAAGAGGCGAGUAGUGAUCUCCGUCGCCGCUCACUCCGGCCAUCGCUUCUCCGAUCUCCCUCGCUCACUCCAGCCGUCGCUUCUCGAUCUCCCUCGCACACUUCGACCAUCGCUUCUUAGAUCUCCCUCGCUCACUCCGGUCGUCGCUUCUCAGAUCUCCCUCGCUCACUCUGGCCGUUGCUUCUCUGAUCUCCCUCGCGCGGUUAGGUUGACAGGCGAUUGUCGGAUAUUGCUCGCUCGCUCCGGUUGAAAGGUUAUUCUUCCUUGUCUCCCUGGCGCUCUUUGCUUUCCUGGCUUGCCUCUCUCGCGCGAGCGAGCUCAUUUGCAGCCUCUUAGGGUUUGUAGUUUUUAGCUCCGUUCAGCUCCAAUUUCUUCAUUCUAUGUUCUUGUUUGCUUGAGAUCAAAGUUUAACUAGGUGUUCUAUGCUUCUAGGUAUGUUGUACAGUCUGCUAUAAGUUAUUUCUGGCUUACUACGUGAAACUGAUUUGUGCAUUCAAAAAGACAGUGUCAGUUGAUUGAUGUAUUUUGCUUUCUUCGGCAUCUCCAGGGGGUACCCAAAUGGGAACCGCCAUCACAUCUUUAAGCUUUAUGGUUCCAUAUCAGUAGUUUGUGCAGCUUGCCGAUGCUACAGAAUGAACACUGAUUAGUAGUUUGAUGUAAUAAUUGUUUUCCAUCUGUGGUUCCUAAGCUUGGUGUCUAAUGAAAUGUUUAGCUGUGUCUUCGAAACAAGAGCUGUAAUUGUUUCACAAAUGUGUGUUAGUUUAUUUAAUUCUAGUCUUUGGUUAGUCUUUUAAAGUGAGAAAGAGGGGUGCUGUUGUUUGAGUUUGGUAGUUAUAAACUUUUUCGGAUGUC